GUUUGCACUCUGUAUGACUGCUGACCUUUUUUGCAAAGAAUAAAACUAUUCAAAGACAAGCCUUUAUUUCAGUUUCACACCAGUUAAACAAACUUGGUGUCAGUGGUGGGAUCCCUCGAGUGACUGCGUUUGGACCUGAGGAUGGGGGACAACUAAUCACCCUGGAACAGAACCAUUAUAGCCCCUACCCUAACUAAUGUUAAGGGACGAGGGGGUCGACCAUUUGAGGGUCCAGACCGUCACCACUGGGAUCCCAUGGAUGAUUGAUUCACCACAAAAACACAAACGUUAACUCACUGGCUCAGAUACCCUCUGUGACCUUCAGUUCACCAGUGUGCCGGCUUGCUUCUUGCUUCAAACAUCUCAACUGGAUUUUUUCGACACAACAUGGGAUCGAAGAACUCUAAAAGACUAAAACCUGAAGACCUACAGGCCCCAAUUUAUAAUAUUAUGAGAAAAGGGUAUGGUUCAGAAUGUGUAAAUCCGGUACCGGACUGGAUUGAAUGUUAUGGGUUUCCUUAUAGAGGAAGUCUGAGCACAAAUCUGUUAGAGACGAUUGAAGUUAAGUUGAUGGAAAGAGAAAAGGAAGUUAGGGGGAAAAAGAAAAGUAAAGGUAAAGUAAAGGAUUUAGAGCAACUUGAAAGACACAGAAAAGCAAUGUCAAUGUGGAAGGCAGAAGCAGCACGGAGGGACAGACAACAACAACGUGCCAAAGAAAUGUGCAGACCUGAAAAGGUUGAUAACGAAGGAGCAGAUAAAUCUGUUGAUGCCUGUCCUGUUUCUUUGUAUCCUGUCGCGCAGAUGCGCAAAGUUAAUCUGGACCUGGACUCCUAUCCUCCCGUCCCUCCACCACCGCCAUACUAUGUUGAAACAGUGGCAGCAACUGAACGGCGAAGCCAAUUGAGACCUUCAACACAGCAGAUGCCUUCAACUGGACCUGUCACUCCCUCAGCACCUCGACCUGCUCCUGACUUAACAUCAUGUACUCUGAGAAUGACUCAACCCAGGUUCAUGUCGGAUUCACCAGACCCAUCAUCAUCAUGGCUCGCCAUUUUAUCACCAUCACACACACAUAGUGGUGAUCCCUGUGGGGGAGGUGCAAUCCUUCCCUUUCUGUUUGAAGUUCCCAGCACAGCAGGAUCUCAGCUUGCUUUUCAACCAUGGACAUAUGCAGAUAUGAAAGAAUUUAUGGCACGUCUGCCUGAUCCAGCCACUUCUGGACUCAAGUUUGCAGAUGAACUGAAAUUUUUUUGUCAAGAGUGUAAGCCAACUCUGCUACAACUAAGACGCCUUCUCUUUUUCAAAAUGGGUCUAAGUGACUGGUCAAAAUUAUCUGACACAUUCCCCACAAGCACAGCAAGUCCAGCUCAUCCUGACUGGGAACAUGACGAAAAUAUGGCAUACAGGGAGGCCAUAAGAGCCUUGUGUGAUGCUGUGAAAGCAGCAUUUCCAGCCAAGGUAGACGCUGCAAAAAUAGUAAAUUGCAGACAAGGCCGAGAUGAAACAGUAGAGCAGUACUAUGACAGACUCUUUGAAAUAUUUAACACCUACAGUGGCCUGGAGCAGCCAACUCAACUGGGAAUCACCCCAGGUAUGUGGGAAUAUCUCCUCUGUAACACUUUCCUCAACGGCCUAGACCCAAACAUUGCUGCCGACAUCAAGAAAUCCUGCAUUUCAUGGCAAGAGGGAUGCCUGUCUGACGUUAAACGACAUGCAAUUCAUGCUGAAAAACAACGAGAACUCCAACGGGAAAAGCAAAAACAGCAAAGAGAAGAUGAGCUCUACAAGGCAGCCAUGGACUUGUAUCGAAACUCGACUGGAAGAUGCCCAGGCUGGAGAGGCAGGAGAGGUCCACAGCUCAAAGCAGAUUGAGGGACGGAGGAGACGGGGAAAGGGCCAGAGGUAACUUGGCGCGGCGCGGGGGAGACAAAGACAGGAGGUAACACAGACACACACAUACUGUAUAUGCUUUCGCCUAGCAGUGAAGAGCGGCUUCGGCUACUGCAACAUGCUAUGUAAUCUAUACAGAAAAAAAACACUUCCAUCAGUAUGUAAUGUUGCUGGUCUAGAGGCUAUCACUCUGUUAUUCACUGUAUUAGAGGACUAUUGUAAAGCUAUUGAUAGAUCUGUUUCUCUUAAAAUGAACAUGCAACUUUGUUUGAAUGACUGUGAUUCUCAUUCCUCAGAUGAUGACACCACCCAUGUGUAAAUACUCCUCCCAGCUUGCUACGACCAUAGAGAUGCCUGUGUCUCACAAAAACAGCAUUUAGCUUUCCCCCAUUUACUUAUCAAUGAUGUGUUUUGAAGCUGUGUGAAUUAAUGCAUCUGAUGAUUGUCAGUGGGUUUGUACGUGUAUUUUAAAAUUAUAGACGUGUGAAAUACUUUUUCUUUUCUUAUAUUUCUUCUAUGAAUGAGCUAUGUGUGAUUUUUUUUUCUCUUUCUCAUGGUCUUUUCUCUGUUUUUCCUUGUUGUGGUUACCUCCCUAUCCUGAGUGGAACAGGGUGACACUAGUUUCUGAUAAAUACGCCGCUCAUGUGUAAUAUUUUGAUUUUCACUCUGCAGACUGCUGUGAACUGACCUUCUUUGCAAAGAAUAAAACUAUUAAAAGACAGAUUAAAUCUCAAGUCUGU